UUAACUUUCCAGCACUCAUUUUACAGCUAUUCGGUUGCUAGGUGUUUUUAGCGUCCUAUCUGUGCACGGUUGCUAGCUAAUGGCUACCUAACGGAUAUAAAGUGUAAUUAAAACCACAAGUCAUACUGAAAAUGGAUUCUAUAAAUUUUAGCUGCGGAUGAACGUCUCGACAUGUCCGUAAGCCCGUAUUCACAGAGUAAACGAUGAGGGAUUGAGAAUGCUCCCUCGAAGUACAAACGUUAUUGAAUGAGAGCAGAAGUCUUUGCUGUCAGUAGGUGAACAUUUUAGACACUCGCAUGAACUCCAGGGAGGCAGCCAAGAUGGGGGACAUCUUGGCAACAGAGGCCGAUCUUCUUGGGAUGAUUAAAGAGUAUCUCAAGUUUGAGGAAUUUGAAGAGACAGUUCACAGUUUUGACAAGGAGUGCCAAAGCAAAGGGAAGCUUGUCUCAAAGCCUCGAGGAAGUGCUCUCAGAGACUCAAAGACUCGUGUUAUUCAGAAAGACCUCCUUAGCUCUUUUGAUGAUGGCGAUCACAAGGUGUUCUUUGAAUUGUGGACAGAGAAUAUUCCUUCAGAGGUGAAAGACACAGAUGCUGAGGCCCUGAGCCUGGAGUUCUACCUUCACAUUCAUUUUACCAUCUACCCACUGAGGAGGCACCCUGGUAGACACGACCGAGCUGAAUUUGAGGAGAGGAUUUCCUACUUCAAACAGUACCUGGAAACUCGGGGAGCAGCACUGAGCCAGACCACAGAGUUUUUGUCUUACUAUGCUUUGCCGUUUGUUCCCAAUCCCACCGCCCACCCUUCCUUCAAAAAUCUUUUUCAGGAUUCCUGGAUACCAGAGUUGAGAGAUAAGCUGGAGCAGUUCCUCUCUGUGACAUUGAAGCCAUCCAACACCCCGAGGCUGAUGACCUUAUAUAAGGAGGGUGGGAGGAGCACUAAAGAGGCUAUGCAGCAGUUACAGCUCCAGCUGGUUGAAUCAGACCGCCGCAUAACAAGCUAUGUGCGGAAGUUCAGCAAGAUGCAGGCCGACUACCAGAACCUGAUUGGAAUCACUGCUGAGCUGGUCGACUCAUUGGAGGCCACUGUCAGCGGAAAAAUGAUCUCCCCUGAGUACCUGCAGAGUGUAUAUGUUCGCCUGUUCAGCAGCCAGACGAGGCAGAGCGUGGUGCAGAGCACUGACUUCACCAGGCCUGGCACUGGAUAUUACUCUAUGAGUCCCUAUGAUGAUGGCUAUGCCUCUUCCAUGCUGCGAUUUUCCAUCGCACCACAGAGACCUAAGGACGUACCAAUGUUGCCCUCAUUAGACUAUGAGAAGCUAAAGAAAGACCUGGCUGACGGCGCAGACAGACUCAAGUCACUGCUGCUUCAGGCGCUGCGCUGGAGACUCACACGCUCACUCCCUGGUGAACAGAGAGACACUGUACUUCAGGCCUACAUCAGCAAUGAUCUGCUGGAGCGCUACAGUACUAAACAGAAAAUCGUGCUUCAUUUGCUAAGAUCAACAAACGAGAUCGUCCGCCAAUACAUGGCUCGUCUCAUCAAUGCAUUUGCUUCCCUUGCAGAGGGUCGCGCUUACCUCUCCCAGAUUCCCAUUCUUUUGAAACUCCUGACAGAGGUGCUCAGGAAGGAGGAUAAAGAGUCCCUGACCAGAGAAAAUGUGCUAGUGGCUCUGCAGAAACUCAGCCUCAGGAGGAGCCAGCAGACAGCCAUGAUCGCAGAUGAUCUGAUUGGAUGGCUGGUGGAUGAACUGCAGGACUCAGACUGCCUUAGUGACAACACCCUGGAGUACUCUGCAGCUCUGCUCAUGAACCUUUGUUUGCGAACGAAAGGAAAAAGGAAGUGUGCAGAGAACGGCAAGCAUGUGCUAAAGGUUCUGACCGACCUCCUUGGACAUGAAAACCACGAGAUUCGACCAUAUGUGAAUGGAGCCCUGUACAGUAUCCUGUGUAUCCCCUCUGUGCGACAGGAAGCCAAAGAGAUGAGUGUAGAGGAGAUUCUUCGCUGCUAUAGCAGAGAGGAGAACCCAGACCUCAACAGACAGUUUGAGUUCAUCAUUAAACAGUUAAACUCAGCUGAGGAGGAGGGACCAGAGUCAGAUGAUGAAGAGGAAGAGGAUGACAAUGACGAGGAUUUAAUGGAGACGGACCUUGAUAAAGAAGAAGUUCUCCAACCACAGCACAGGGAGCUGUCUGGAGAGAGUCUACUCACCACUGAGUACCUGGGAAUUAUGACCAACAUGGCAAAAGUGAAGAGGAAAUCAACCCCUCUGCCACAGCCAAGUGUUGAUGAGCCCCUACAGCGGCCAGUCACCCCUAGUUCUCAUCGUAAUACCAGCGUAGGGGAUUAUCGAGCCAACACUGAAGGAGGUGAGAGCAGCAGGGACAGGGAAUACCCUCUGAGCAGACAGAAGAGUGGGGAAGGAAGUCUACCUCCUUCCCGGUACAACUCCCGACCUCCGACACGCUCUGGCAGUCGCCCCAGUACUGCAGACUCCCUACGUCACAGCAUCGACUCAGAGUGUGGGCGACUGUCCCAGGAGUCUGAGUUGGACAAGCCAUACGAAGGUAGAGCCAGGAAAGGCCGUUCCCAGGAGGAACACAAUGGACACUCUGCCAGUGUUGAUUACAUUCCUGAAUUUGCCAGCCAGCCGAAGAUUCCCCGCACACCUGACACGCCAGCCAACCAGAACAGUGCUCACCGGAGUCGAGGCUCGGCGCUGGCGCCCCAGUUUUCACAGUCUGAGCCACAGCAGAACAGCCGGCCUGGCUCUGCCAACUCCACCGGAGGAGUGGGAAGUGGAGGCAGGCAGUCAAAGAGGAGGUGAAGAGGGAGCUGUCACCAUGGGGUAGCACUAUCUCCCCAGGAGCAUCAGGCUUCCUGUAACAUCAUCCUCCCAGGUUGUGAUCAGGGUCAGGGCAGCAGAGAUGGUUGAGGAUCAGCAGCGAGAGGAGGAGCAGGAGUGUGUGGAACAAUGUGCAGGAUUGUGGUUCUGCAUUUCCCCCCCUCUUCGGCUUCAGCACAGACGACUUCUGUAACACAAUAUGAAGUCAGACAGUAAUCACAACCCCCAAGCCAUGCAGUCCUAUGCCCCUCGUAGCCUCAUUUAGCCUUGAAUUUCUGCAGUCCUUCCGCAAGGUGAUACUUGGCACACUUACAUGUGUGGAAAGUCCUCCAGCUAUGGAAAAAUGUAUGUGCAACAAAAUGCAACUAUUUUGAGUCAGAAGCAUUGAUCUUAGUUAGGGCACCCCAAGAUAAAAUAUUAUAUCACCUUCCUCUUCAUUUUUUCUUCAUUCUUCCUGUUACAUUGUCAUUGUCUUUUCCUUGGUAGGGAUGAAUAGAUUUCCAGAGAUGCUCCUUUUUGUGCGUUUAUCCUCACUGUGUCUGCAUAAGUGUGAACAUGAGCUUAAGGUUUCAGACUUUAGCAUAGUCAGGGUUUUACUAAAUGUAAAUGGAGGAUUUAGAGUUUAUCAAUACAGCAGGACUUUUUAUAGGACUUAAUUUAUCUUUGAACUAACUGCAUUUAAUAAAAUGCCAUUAAAGAAAGAGUGAUACAAAAGGGAUUUUUCAAAGUUCUCAUAUUGAUUGUACAAAUCAAUAUCCUGGAUUUCACAAUGUACAGUAUGUAUUGAGUUUUCCAUAGGGUGGAAUAUAUCUUUCCGCAUAAAUAAAUAAAUGAUUGUACCAUUCUACAAACACUUCACUCAUAUCAGAGUAGCUGCUUCUGCUUAACUGAUGCUUCAGGAAAUGCACAGGUCCUGGUAUGACUUUGUCACGCUAGUGCAUGCGUCUCUUAUUGUUUUUGAUACACUUACAUGGACACAACAUCUGGCAAAAGACUUGAAUUUGUGUGAAUGUCUUAAAUUCUGCAUUGUUUGCAUUGUACAUUUGCAAUGUUUCCUGAUGUGGUGAUGUGUAUUUAUGGUAAAUGCUCCAUUCUUUGUUGUAAUGCAUUUUGAUAGAUGAUACUUUUUAUAUGUUUUUAAAUACAUGUGUGACGUGUCA